CUUAUGUCACGAAAGAAGCAGGAAGCUCCUACUUGCCCCAUGAUCAUGGCAAAAUGCGCGAGAGCAAUGCAGUUAAAUAAACAUUACCCUAACAAAACCAACUGCAGAUUGAACAUCAACUGAAAGUAGAUGUCUUGUGUUGCAAAUUUCCAUCGCCGGGGGAAAAAUGGAAAUAAACAUCGCUGCAGUCUCAUUUCUGAUGACACUGGCUAACUGUUUUCUGUUAUGUUUGAACUGUUCAGACGUCUGUGGAAUAGAUGGAUGGCGACUUCACUCAAUAAAUGCCAGCAAAUCUCGUCAUAGUGCAAGGAGACACAACAUUCCUACACUUUCAUGCAAAAAGCUGAUGGAGGCUUUCCCCCUCGAUGAAGUCGAUGGCAACUACGUCCGUACUGUGAAAAGAUGUGUCUUUUCAGAGUCGCCCCCUACUCCCCUGAAAAGUCCUCUGAAGUUAGCAGCAGUCUCAAAGGAGGUGCUAGAAAGUAUUUUAGAUCUUGAUGUGCCAAUUUCGCUCUUUGAGGACUUUGUCCUGUACUUCAGUGGGGGCAAACUCUUCCCCGGCUCAGUCCCCCUCUCCCACAGAUAUGGAGGACACCAGUUUGGUUACUGGGCAGGUCAGCUGGGGGAUGGAAGAGCGCAUUUACUGGGUGAAUACACAAACAGAAAGGGUGACGUAUGGGAACUUCAACUGAAAGGGUCAGGAAAGACGCCCUAUUCACGGUCUGGAGACGGGCGGGCAGUGGUGCGCUCCUCCGUUAGAGAGUUCCUGUGCAGUGAGGCCAUGCAUCACCUGGGGGUGCCCACCUCCAGAGCGGCCAGCCUAAUAGUGAGUGAGGAGCCUGUAUGGAGGGACCCGUUCUAUAAUGGCAGCGUACAGAAGGAGAGAGGAGCAGUGGUUCUGCGUUUAGCCAGGUCUUGGUUCCGUAUAGGUUCCCUUGAGAUCCUGACCCGGUCUGGAGAACUGGAUCUCCUGAGAAAAGUAUUGGACUUUGUUAUUGAGGAACAUUUUACAUCUAUUAAAACUAAUGACCCAGACAAAUAUGUGACUUGGUUCUCUACAGUCGUAAAUGAAACUGCUCAUCUGAUAGCUCAGUGGAUGUCUGUUGGAUUUGCACACGGUGUGGGAAAUACAGACAAUUUCAGUCUCCUGUCUAUCACCAUAGAUUAUGGACCAUUUGGAUUUAUGGAGGCAUAUAACCCAAGUUUUGUACCCAACACAUCGGAUGAUGAGGGGCGGUACAGCAUUGGAGCUCAGGCAAAUGUGGGCCUUUUCAAUCUGGAGAAACUUCUGGAAGCUCUGUAUCCUGUACUCAAUUCCGACCAGCAGUCAUGGGCAAAACACAUAUUAAAAGGCUACCCCCAAAUAUACCAGAGACGAUUUCAGGAGUUGUUCAAAGCAAAGCUUGGUCUAGAAGGAGAGGAGGAGGAUGAUGAUGAUGGAUAUCUAAUAGCCUUCCUUCUAAAGAUGAUGGAGGAUGCUAGUGCAGACUUCACCAUGACCUUCAGACAGCUAAGUGAAGUUUCAGCCCUGCAGCUCCACAGCAGGAGCAUAUCAAAGACAAUGUGGGCUUUGCAAGAGCUGUCUAUGCAUGAGUACUUCCCUGAGUGGGUGAACAUGUACCUGCCAAGGCUCCAAAGGGCACAGCGAUCAGACGAGGCUCGCCAGCACAGGAUGAGAGGGGUCAAUCCUAGGUAUGUCUUGAGGAAUUGGAUGGCAGAGUCUGCGAUUCAGAAAGCAGAGAAUGACGAUUUCUCUGAGGUGAGGUUGCUGCAGGAAGUCCUGGCCAGGCCCUACACCGAGCAGCACCGGGCUGAGGAGCGAGACUACGCCAGCCCCCCUCCUCACUGGGCACGGGGGCUGAAGGUCAGCUGCUCCUCCUGACGGAGGUCACGAGGUCAAAGGUUAAAAAGGAGGACCUCUUCUCAGGAUGCACUUUUAUUGCUGUCUCAGGGAUAUCACUCAGUACUACUUACUAGGCAAAGGUGCUGGGAAGGGAAGUCAAAUGGACAGAUGCAAAUUUUUUGGGAGGACAUUUUCUGUGACAUUGGGGGGGAGCAGUGCUUUGACAUGACCAUGAGUGCUGUGACAUGACCUAUUGUGUUUGGCCGACACAUAAUGUAGACAUUUUUUGCCAACACUGGUCAGUUUUUGCAUAACUUAACCAUUUCAAGAAGGCUGGUAAAUCAUAGUGAUAAACUGUGUUUUAGCCUAAUGCUUAUUUUACCCUUUAUUUUCGGAAAGGAGGAUAUACCCUUUAUUAGGGCACCAGAAUAAAACAUUUAAGUUCAUAAACAA